UUACUUUGGAUUACACGGCGGAAAUUGGAGGAUACGUAAAUAGUUAUGGCGAGAAUUUCUUUAAUUGUAUUAGCAGUGCUAGUGGUGGCUGUGAGUUUGGUGGAUUUUUCGGUGGCCAUAAAUCAUGUACCGACUGAGGAGUGGGCUGAGUAUAAGGCCAAAUUCAACAAAGACUAUACCAAUAGCGACGUCACGGAGGCCUAUGCCCAAUAUUACUAUGCCUACAACAAAAGACUGAUUGAUCGCCAUAAUGCUUUAUAUGAACGUGGUUCUAGGACCUAUAAAUUGGCAGUUAAUCAAUUUACCGAUAUGCGUCUUAUACACUUUAAUGCUUUAUUCCCAGUGGCCACAUCUACAGGGCCCUCUUUCCAUUCUGGUCUACCCACUGUGCAGCUAGCCACUCCCACUUAUGAUCCUAUUAAUGAUUUUGGUUUCCAGUCUAAUAUUGAGAAUCAAGGUACCAAAUGCAACAGUGGUUGGGCUUUUGCUGCCGCCAAAUCUAUAGAACUCUUUCAAGCCCAGCAGGCGGGCAAUAUGAGUCCUUUAUCCUUAUCUGCGCAAAACCUAAUCGAUUGUGCUGGUCGUGCAGCUGCUUGCAAGAACCAAGUUCCCCAAGCUGCCUUUGAUUAUCUGACACAAUACAAUAUGGAUUUGCAUUUGGAAAGUGAUUACCCUAUCAAUGGCACUAUAAAGGAACCGGGUAUGUGCACGCCCAUGGGUCAAUUGGUAACUAAUUUGGGCACCUACUCUCGUUUAGCGGACAAAGAUGAUGUUUCGCUGAAGGCUUAUGUUUCCAAUGGUUUCCCAGUGGUUGUAGAAUUUAAUCCCACCUCAUUUGAAUUUAUGCAUUAUUCGGAAGGUAUUUUCCAACAGCCCGCAGUACGUCAGGGUUCUCAUUUCAUGGUUGUCAUUGGUUAUGAUACGGAUGCAUCUACCGGCUUGGACUAUUGGAUUUUGCAGAACUCGUUCGAUACUACAUGGGGUGAAAUGGGAUUGAUAAGAGUGCUUAGAUCGGAAACGGCGAAAUUGACUAAGAGCGCUAUAUUUCCCACAGAGUUAGCUUAAGUUUAUAAUGGACUUGGUAGUGUUAAUUAUAUUUAUUUAAUGUAUUUAAUAUAAAGUAA